AGUAGACGAAACGUGAUGCUCACCGUUCCCCCUGGCAACCAGGCCCUGUCUCUUUCACUCGCAGGGAAAGUGUCAGGGCCUUGUAUCCCGUUCCUCUACCCGGUGUGCAUGGUGGGUGACGAGCCAACGCCACCUGGUGAGCCGGCAUGCGCCGACGACGCCGACUUGGACACACUACCGCAGCAGAACGAGGGGGCGCCACCGUCGCACUACGUGGCGCCGUUCAAGUCGCCCGACCCGCCAAAGAAGCGACACUGCCGCUCCGUGUCGACGCCAUGUUGCUACGAGACUGCCAGCAGGCGGAGCCACCAUAGCGGCAGCGGGCGCCUAGGCGGCGGCGACCAACUCCACUUCCGCGUCAUCCACCCGCACCCGCACACCUAUCGCGAGGUGGCGCCACGCGAGCGGCACUACUCGGGCGACGCCGCACACUUCUACCGCGAGCGCCACCUGUGUGGGGAGAAGAAGGAGGAGGAGAGUGCCGUGGGUAGAAUGAGGAUACAAGGUUGA